CCCCCUCCCAAUGGCAACUACAAUGACGACCUACGCACCCACACCCGACGCUCACCACCACCACGAAGAGGUUGAUUUUAUGACCAUGUUCACCAACCAAAACGACGACGUUGUCACCAAGUCUGACUCGACCUCCGCCAUGUCUAGCGUCUCGAAGCAGACACUCGUUCAAGGUCAGCAGGCUGUGCCUGCCAUCCCCGCACCACCUACUCUGCCCACCGCCGACCCGCUUCAGGUGUUUGACGCCCCCGCAUCAACCGCUGCAGCGGCUGCUUGGCAGCACCAGCAGCACGUUCAGUACCAGGCCUACCCCCACCAGCACGCGAUGCCCCUUCAGAUGCCCCAUGGCGUCGCCUACCCAGCACACAUGAUGUACCACCCACAGCCACCACUGGGCCCUCCCUUCAUGCCUGGACAGUUGACGCCCAUGGCGCAGUACGUUGAGCCCGCUUCACUGCCCGGGGCGCAGCCUGCCUACGCAUCGUACCCUGGACCUUCCUCCGCCAUGCCCUCGGCGGUUACGGAGGGUGAGGCGAAGCCUUUGGUGACAACUCCACCCACCUCGGGCGUCGCUGCCACAACUUCCGCUCCCGCUGUUGCUACGGUCAACGGUACGGCCUCGUCGUCGGGUACCAAUUCGCCUAAUGGCGCUACUACUACCGCGGCAGGCCGCCGCAAGCGCAAGCUCACACCUGAAGACAAGCGUCGUAUCUGCGAGAUCUACCGCAACUCGCAGGGCAAGAUUCGUCAGGAGGACAUUGCCAAGGAGUAUUCCGUUGACCGGAGUACAAUCUCAAAGAUCCUCAACCAGGAGGACCGCUGGCUCGACCCUGAGCAGUCUGGUGGCGCCGCCGGCCUCUCACGUCGCCCGGGCGGUCGCUACCCUGCCAUCGAAGAGGACAUUCACCGCUGGCUCGACGAGGCUGUUCUUGCCGGUCGUGAGGUGCGCGACUCGGAGGCCCGAGAGGAGGCCCUCAAGAUUGGCAUGCGCCUGGGUCACCCUCACUUCCAAGCGUCGUCCAAGUGGUGGGAUGGUGUCAAACGCCGUCGACUUGAAGAGGGUCGCGCGAUGCCCAUGCCCCGUCGCCCACCAACUGCCCCUCGCGCCCCUACCCAGUCCAUGCCAGGUCUUGUUCGCACCUAUACAAUGGACAUGCCGACUCAGACCUUCCCCAUGGCUGGCCCCAGUGGUUAUCCUCUCAUGGACCAUGGCAUCCUCGCGGCCGGUGGUGUCCCCGGUGGAAUGAUGCCUGGUAUGCCUCACGCAAUGCGUGCGCGCUCGCAGUCCUCGCCUCAGGUGUACAAUGCCUAUGUCGCUGCUGCUCAGCAGGCGCCAUCAUCUGGCCCCGCACCUCGGCAACGUAUGAGCCCACCACGUCACUCCCCGGUCACACCGCUGACCCGCAACCGCUCAUACCACGGCUCGUCCACAAACUCAUCACCCAUCGGACGCCCAUCACCGCUUCACCGCGCCAACUCGUCCGGCGGGCGUCCCUCGCCCCACCUUAGACUUGGUGCAUCAGCCUUCGGCCUCACUCCCAUGUCUGAGCCUCAGAACGGUAUUCACACGCCCACGCAGCCCACCGGGUUCGUAGACAUGCAACAGGUCGGCACAACGACCCCGACCACUUCGGCCAGCGCCAGCAUGCCCUCGCUCUCGCCCUUGUCUGUCUCCGAGUCGUCUGACAUGCCAUCAGUCCCGACGGCUGCCUUGUCGCCCUCCACGCCGUGCACUCCCGCACAGCCCACGUUUGCUGUUGUGCCCGUCCAGCCCGAACACAUGGACAUGGCUGGCGGCUGCGCUCCUCAGCCUAUGAUCUACUCCCACCAGCCUCACAUGGUCAUGGGCGGGUACCCUGGCGUGCACUACGCGCAACCGAUGUACCCUGGCUAUGAGUACGUGCAGGGUCAGUGGUAGAUAGGAUUUUGUCUAGCUCGUCUGCAGCUGUGCUGCGGGCCGACGCUCUCGACACCUCACAUGUGACACUGGCUGGUCCGGUGCAUGUUAUUGCCACGUAGCAUCAGUUCGUUUCCGCCUCACUCGCGAUGUAUAUGAUCAUGACACACGGCCGAUU